UGCGUUUUCUACCAUUCGUUUUCUAUCAUUCUCCAACUUAUACCCAUCCAAUUCAAUUUUUGAACCCACUCUCACUUUUUUGACUGUUGAUGUCUUCUAAUUUCAGGUGAGACACAUAUAUCAAAAUGGCAUCAACAGCACCUCUUCGCCCUCGAGCAAGGCCGGCCCAUACUCAAGGUUCAACUCAUUGUGCCUACACCCCUGACGGUUCAAAGCUGGUGACCGUCGGUUCCAAUAAUACAAUCCGAUUAUAUAAAACAGGUUUUGACGGCGAGCCUAUCAACAUCGACGAUUGCCAAGAACAGAACCUAAGCGUAGAUGCAUCAGACGAAUUCUUCGUUGUCGGCUCUGAAGAUGGCACCGUCAGCCUCUAUUCGAUACCCGAUGCUACCUUCGACAGGUUCUUACUUCGAUGUUCUCUCCCAAUCCGAGACGUUGCACUUUCGCCAGACUCGAAGUGGUGCGCCGUUGCCAGCGACGAAUUGACUGUGAAGCUUGUCCGAACCGACGAUAAUACCCAAAUUCGUCACCUCAAGGAGCAUAAUAAACCUACGAAACAUCUCGCUUUCGAUACGAAAGGGUCAACUGUCACAUUGGCUUGUACCGACGGCAUCGUAUAUGUGUACUCUCUCUCUUCUGACGAGCCGGAACUUAUAAGGAAAGUCGACGGCGUCAUUGGAGUAUUAGAUACCGAAUCAGAUGUCAGUUCGAAAAUUGUGUGGCACCCCGACGGGCGUGCCUUUGCAGUUCCAACCCCAACAAGAGAUAUCCAGGUCGUUUCUAAGAACGACUGGGAGAAGCAACGAAUAUUUUCCAACGGCCACAAUGGAGAAGUUACUGCUUUAGCUUGGUCACCGAAUGGUGCUAUACUAGCCUCCGCCGGCAAGGACAAGAGGAUAUUGUUAUGGGAGACUAAGACCCAGAGUGUUAUUGCCAGGCUCGAUUAUGCCAACGUAAUCGAUAUAGCCUGGCACCCUAAAGAUAAUCUAGUCUCUUUUACGAACUCGGACGGCGAGGUCUAUAUUCACCUAGACUUCGUACCGGAGCAAUAUGCUUCCCUAUUAAAGCUUGGGAAACAACCUGCCCCUUUUAUCCAUGACCCCUUAACCGAGGUUUCAGCGAAAGCCAGAAGACCUGCAGACAACAUCGUACCCGUGCUCAAUCGAAGGGAUAGGGAAGCAAGCUAUGACUCUCUUAUGGAUGGACCAAUGCAGGAAGACGACGAUUUCGUAGUAGAUGACGAUGGAGCUGGUUAUGUGAUUAACGGGAAUGGAAAACGCAUGCAUGAUGACCUUGCCGUUUUUGGCGAGCCCGUAAGCAAGCGCCCCCACCUUGAACCGGAAUACCAUGAGGCCUUCCAGCCAGGUUCGACGCCGUGGCGAGGUAACAGAAAAUACCUUUGCCUGAACCUUAUUGGGUUCGUCUGGACAGUAGACCAAGAUGGCCACAAUACGGUCACUGUAGAGUUCUAUGAUCACGAAUUCCACAGAGACUUCCACUUCACCGACACCUUCCUUUACGACAAAGCUUGCCUGACAGAGAAUGGCGCUCUAUUCUCUUGCCCACCUAAGGACGACACACCGGCGACCAUAUUUUACAGGCCUCACGAGACGUGGACAAGCCGUACCGAUUGGAGGAUACAAUUACCGAAAGGAGAGGCAGUCUUGGCCAUGUCCCUUAGCGACUCGUUUGUAACUGUGACGACUACUGCAAACUAUGUUCGAGUCUACACGCUCUUCGGCAUCCCUUAUAAGGUGUACCGGCCGAAGAGCACGCCAAUGGUUACUUGCACAAGCUGGAGAGACUACGUAAUGACCAUCGGCAACGGUCCUGUUGGUGCAGACGGGCAUACUAGACUUCUAUACACUAUUGAGAACGUAAAGAGGGAUGAAAUUUGUCAAAACGAAGACACUGUUGCGCUUCCAGAGGGCGCAACGCUAAAGAGUGUCUUCUUUUCUGACAAUGGCGACCCGUGUAUCUACGAUUCCACGGGAACACUCUUGACUUUGCUACAUUGGCGUCAACCGUCGAGAGCCUGUUGGAUACCACUCCUGGAUACCAAACUUCUCCCACGUCUUGCUUCCGGUCGGAAGAAAGAGACGUAUUUCCCAAUCGCUGUUGCGGAUAACAAAUUUCACUGUAUUAUUCUGAAGGGAGGUGAUCAAUACCCAUACUUCCCACGCCCUCUCCUCUCCGAAUUUGACUUUUCCAUCCCACUGUCCUCAGAACCACCGAAGCAGAAGAACCCAGACGCCAUGGACCAAGACGGCGUAUCUGAACCUGAAGAUGACGAGUCGGAGUCGCGUAAGCUGGAGCAACAAUUCUUGCUCAAGGGUGUUGCUGCGGCACAGCUGCAGGAUCUAGCAGACUCGACGAGCGGCAGCCACACGCAACGUUCCAACCUCGCGCGUCUCGAGCUCGAGAUCGACAAGACCCUACUGCAGCUUCUGGCUAUCGAGUGCCGCGAAGGCGAGGACCGCGGCAUGCGCGCGCUCGAGAUCGUGGAGCUCAUGCGCGACCGCACGGGACGCAUGAUCGAGGCCGCGGGUAAGGUUGCCGAGCGCUACGGAAGGUCCAUCUUGGGAGAGAAGAUACGCGAGGUUGCCGAGCGGAGGGUUAAUGCUAUGGAUGACGAUUUUUAAAGUCCUGGUUCGCUUUUUGAAUUAUGUAUGACUCGGCGUUACAUGGGCUGCUGCUCUGCUAUGAGAGCGGCGUAUGGGGGUGUAGAAUAGUUAUCUAAGGUUACGAUUAUAUACAUACCUGGUACCUAACGUAUAGCAUACUGCAUAAUGCCUAGGUACCUAAGCUUGUUGAUAGUUGGGGGAAUCAAGUAUAUUGAAUAUGUUUAAUAUUUUU